CUGCAGCCAGAUAACAGUCCCAACAGUUGGGUCAAGUACCAGCCUGAUCACCACCGCAGCCUGAUGGACACUGAAACCCUCUAACGGUCUCCUCAACCCGGAAAACCUCCCCUUUGGUUUGUGCAGGGCAGCCAGCAGAGAGAAGUGUGACUUACAGUAGUUGGUUGUUAGUAUGUAAAAACUUUGUGUAAGACAGUGUCGCUAAAGAGGAAGGCUGUGGGGGAGACAAGGGAGGGACGCAGCUCUCUGUUAACUCAGCUCCAGCGUACAGCGACGGCGAAACGGCACCAUGAGCGUCCCGCUUUACGCACCAACUCCCAUCCAGCCGGCGCACCCGACUCCCUUCUACAUCGAGGACAUUCUGGGGAGGACUGCCUCCACCACCUUCUCUCCCUCCUCUUCCUCCUCCUCCGCCGCUUCAUCCUCCUCCUGCUCCACGCCGGUGAUCCCCACACCGACCCUCGCGUCACCCAACUCUUCCUUCACGAGUCUCAUCUCGCCGUACCGGACGCCGAUUUAUGAACCCACGCCGAUCCACCCGGCGCUGUCACAUCACGCCGCCGCGACGUUGACGGCGACGUACGCCUCCGCUGGGGCUUUCGCUGGCCCCAUCUACCCGUUCCACCACCAGCACCACCGCUCCAUGGGGGAGUACGCACAGGCGCUGCUGAGGCGCGACCCUCUCGGGAAGCCUCUGCUGUGGACCCCCUUCAUCCAGCGGCCCCUGCAUAAAAGAAAGGGGGGUCAGGUCCGGUUCUCUAACGACCAGACCAUCGAGCUGGAGAAGAAGUUUGAGACCCAGAAGUACCUGUCUCCUCCGGAGAGGAAGAGACUGGCCAAGAUGCUGCAGCUCAGCGAGAGACAGGUUAAAACCUGGUUCCAGAACCGACGGGCGAAGUGGCGCAGACUCAAACAGGAGAAUCCCCAGGGAGGGAAGAGGGAGGCGGACGAUGAUGGUUCCGCCGGGAGGAGCAAUAAAGGGGACGAGACGACCGAGCCGACCGGGAUCCAGAGCCCGGAGCAGAGACACACAGUCCUCGCCUGUGAGCCAGCGCAGGCGGGCCGCGGUGUGAGCUCCGUGUCCCCGCAGAACACCCACACGGAGCUGGACUCUGACUCCGUGUCCGACGAUUCAGACCAGGAGCUAGACAUAGAGGACGACGACGAAUUCACACGGAACCCCUAGUUCCACACUGACACUGGAUCCACUGGGACGUUCUGAGCUGGAUGAUGAAGAUGAUGACGAAGGGCACUGGAUUCCUCUGACACCUGAGCCUUGUUCAUUCCCUUUCACCUGCACAGGUUGAUACAGCCUUUGACCCUGACUCUCUGUGUUAGACUCUUUUUGUAUAUAAAGCAUCAUAUUGUGCUGUAUUUGUAUUGAUCGUGACUGUGUUCUGUCCACCAGUGAAAAUGAAUAUUAGGCUUAUAGAGGAGUUUCUGUGUGUGGUUUCACAGGAUGAACGCUCUUGGCCUUUGCCUUAAAAUGUCAUAUUCCACUAGGCUACAUAAUCAAUAGAGCAAAUGACGAUUUUGUCUGGUGAUAUCUAUUAGAAUAUUUUUGUGAUAAGAAUAAAUUUGUCACUUUUGGAUGUA